UGUUGAGCAAAUACGAACUUAAGAUUGUAAAAUGAAGACCCGUCCGAUCUCCAGCACAGAGUCAGAAAUGGGGCGCGUUAAUUUGCACUUGUUUAGAAAUAUACGCUUACAUCGUCCGAUACCAGUGAAUAAAAAUGUAUUGACUGCGUCCAAGCGAAAAAGUUAGAGAUGAGCGGCGCCAUUAAAGAGGAACGCUACAAGGACUUGUGUAGGCUGGUGAUAGAAGCGUUCUCGAAGCACGAGGGUACCUUGCAAAACGAGGCACUGGGAGCCUUCAAUGCCAUCGUGCGGGAGUUCCGAGCGCAUCGCUUGCACCUGUUCGAAUCGAUGCUGCAGACUGACAAGAAGACGAGAUUAAAGAUAUUCAAAGUGUUGGAAGUGGUGGACGACAAUGCCAUUUCUGCGGCCGCCGAUGACGGACAGAUACUAAAUUUUUUCAAGCACUGCUUGGUCAACGUGCAGCCUAGUUUAAUGGAAUGGUUGAUGCCGACGGCAUGCGUGGAUGAUUUGCAAAUGUUGGUCAAGAUUGAACAGCAGCCUCUGUCGGAGGAGGAGAAGCUAGAGGAGGAUAUAAACAGUUAUGCGCUCGCUCUUUUGAGACGACUGUACCGACUGGCUUCCAUAACGUUUGAUCAAAGUGUUUGGAAGUAUGACGCACUACUGAUGGACAAGGUCGUAACAUUGGCCUACAUGGGACACAAGCGCCAGCGUGGCCCUGCUUUGAAAGUCUUGCAACAGGCUAUUGCAACCGACUCGGCCACUCAUGUCCGCAAAAACUGGCCUGAGCUGUGGGAACAAUAUAAAGCCAAUUUACAGUCUAUCUAUUACAAACGCAUGCUGCUUUUGGUAGCGGCAUGCGACCUGGAUUGGACUACACAGUGGAAUACCACUAUCCAGUUCAUUGGCACGGAUCUUCAUCGCGGUGCCGGCCUUAUAAAUAAUUUACUGAGCGUCGAGGAAAAAGCCUUCAAGUCUAUCGAUCCUAUUAUACGCAGACAAGCUUUCCUUUCGUGGAAACUGUUGAUCGACAAUUUUGCUUUAGAUUAUCAGGAACUUGCUACUGCUAGAAGAAUAAAAUUACUCUGCAUUCCGUUAAACGCGAAGAACAGUAAAACUGAAUUAAUUGCGUUGACCAAGUUAGAAGUUUGGUGGCACUUAAUUAUCAAAUUGUACAAACACAUCGCGAAAUUUGUCUCUCCCGUCAUCACGCAAUUUUUAAACUACUGCUUCGGGCCACUAGGGGACACGCCACUGCUCUCUGCCAAAUUUGACGUUGUUGCAUCUCCAGGCAAAAGAUUUUUCAAGACAAAAGUGGUCGCUGUGGACGCCCUGUGCCAAUUACUUGUCACAAAGGAAGAUCUCUUUACCGUUUGUCCUCCAAUGUUGGAAGAAAGACUUCCUCAUGCUAUGUCUUACGAGGUGUUUAAAGAAUGCUCCCAGAGCAUUAUUCAUAGUAUAGCGGAGGCUGUGCUUAUUCUUGGUCAACUUACAGAUAAGGAGAUGAAAAAUCGUUUUCAGCUCGGUGAAACGUUAUGGAAAAGCCUGAUGAUAUACAUACGGAAGGACCAGCUGUACAGAGAUGUGAUAAUAGUUGUAACUGAAUUGACGAAUCAUAUAGAUAAGCUCAUGGUGAGAGACAUGUUGUUUAAUGUAAUCUUACCUGAUGUUUAUUGCAUUAUUGAGAAAACGGAAGUUCAUGAUAAUGCAUUGCCAGAAUUGGUAUUGAAGCUUCUGACAUCUCCGAUACUUGACGAAAUGCUCAAGUACAUCCUGGAUUACAACAGUAAUACAAUCAAGUGCCUUCUGGAGCGAUGUGUCAGUCCAGAAUUUACAUAUUCCUCAGGUGUAUUUGGGUUUCUGGAAACGAUAAUGGGAAAUCUGAAAUCAGCGCAUGAUGCGUAUAAAAAUAAGGGUAGCAAUGAAUUAGCUUACAUAGAACUAUGGUCUAUGAUAACAGAAAUAUUCACACAAUACAUAAGAAACUCUGAAAUCAGUAAAGACGACGUUGAAGUUAUAAAAUCAAUUUUAUCCUUUCCAUUUUAUACAAAUAUGGAAGAUCUCGAGCUGAUAAAGAAUCAAGCGACAGUGUGGAAAACUGUAUACAAAGAGGUUGAAUUACGUUCAGAUUCGAUAGCUGCAAUAAAACCAAAUGAAAUCUUGCUGGAUACUGCAAGCAUGAUGCGGAAAUGUUUGAGUAUAAAUAGAGAAUGUUGUACCCUUAUUGUCAACUGCUUAGACACUUUAUUGAGCACCCUCGAUUAUGAAUCUUUGUUGGAUCAAGACGAAAUUCCAUCCAUUAUGCAACUAAUAAUGGACGUUAUAAUUAUUUCUUUUAAUGACGUGCAAAAUCUUAAUUCUGAAAUAGCUCUGAAGGCAUUGUCAGCUAUGCUUAUCACCAUAUACGGGCACAAUCUGCCAAGAGUAGUGUCGUAUCUGCAUAAUUGUAAAUCAAUCAUCAAACUUGUACUUUCGUCGCAAACAACGGUGCUUUUUAAAGAAGUUGCAAACACGUGGGAAUAUAUAGUCAGUAUUUUUAAAGGACUCAAUAAACAAUUGGAUCACAAACUCUUAUCGUCGUACAAAGAAGCAAUUGUAAUAGCUAUGAAUCAUCCUAAUCUAAAUAUAAGAUCUUUGACGCAAUCUAUUUUUGAAAUUAAAGACAACUUGGACAGUACCGCUAAGUGCAUUUUAGAUGAAAUAAAAAAACCAAAAGGCAAGUCUCAUGCAAAGUCUGAUAGCGCUUCGAAGAAGAAAGCAGAAGCGGGACAAGCGAAGGAGGUGCACGUGGCCGGGAGUUUCUUGAAUAGGAAGUCAGCUACUACGAAAUCCGCUAAACCACCUGAAAAGAAUGAUAAAAAUACGCUACCUACAUUAUCUGAACCUGAAUCGCAAGACUACGUGUACAUAAAAACAGAUCUGAAAUUUGACGUUAAUCGUUUAACUGAGCAUCAAAAGGAAACUUUGAAGAGGAAAAGAGAAGACAUACCGGCACUAUAUAACGAUCUUUCUCAAUCGUCCUCGCAAAACUCUCAAAACCUGCAACAGUGGUUUGAUAUUAAAGCCAAACAUAUUAACGAGAUUGAUAAAGUCAACAAUAAAAAGGGCGACUCUACAAUGCAGAAAUCUAUUGAUAGCGAUGCUAAUAAGGAAAACAAGGUUACGCUUAAACAAAUAGAAAUCUCUAACGCCACGGACAAGAGUGCUGAUGAUAUCUGUGGUAUUGAAUUGGAGGGAAAUGUUGGAGAGAAUACCGUCAAUACCAAGCAAAACGAAAUUUCAACGAAAAAAGUUAAGAACGACGAGUCUAAUGGAAAGCAAGAUAUGUCGAAACAAGCGAAUUUGUCUUCGCAUGCAGCUGCUUUCAGUGGGAAGAACGCUACAACAGAGGGUGAGAGUGCAGACGCAAUGGUAUCUGUUGCGAAAAAGUUGGACUUUGAAUCGCGGGAUGAAUUUCCCGAGGAUCAAACGCACGAACGACAAUCAUCUCCGUCAAUGUUAGACAGUAUUAAACGACGGCAUCGUAAUAGCACGACAAAAUUUGCGUCGUCGUUGAAAGAUGACGAAACUGUCGAGACCUCGAAAGAUUCGAGUACAACAAAUGUACAAAAAACAUUGAGAGUGAAGACUACUCAGGAAAAACCUGGUACAAAUAGUAAACGGAAGUCAGAUGAUGCUACUGACGAUUCUGAUGAUACUGUUAAAGAAAAUUCUAACGAAAAUAAGAAGGGCGUUAAACGUAAGUACGCGUCGGACACUGAAUCAGAAGAAAGCGUUCAAUGUCGCAAGCGAAAGGUUACAUCUCUUAGAGACCUUAAUGAUGACGGCGGUGAAACAUCGCGGAGCGCUGACAACGUCCCAGACAGUAUGAAUCAACGUAUGAGAAAUGAGAUAUCUCGUUUGAAAAUCGACAUGGUAUUCACUAUUGAUUCCGGUGCAAAUCGCCGUCGAGUGAAGCAUCGGGACGAAGGCGAAAGGGAAACAGUAGGACACGGAUUAAGGAAAUACGGGACAUAUGAUAGGUGCGUCAGAUUGAAAUCCGUAGAUGCAAAAUCGGCGGAUGGAUUAAAGCGAACUCCAAGGAUGGAGAGAACUACGAAGGAUAUAGACGAUAUGGAGCAAGGGGUGUGUAAGAGACGUAGUAGACGAAGCAAGCAAGAAUCUAAUAAAAAUGACCUGGACGUUACUAAGGAUGUUGAAAAGUCCAAUGAUUCUAGUGAUAAGGCUGAAUUGACUAACACCGACACAGAUGUGACGCUUGCAAUUCCAACGUCCAAUCAAGCGGUACAGGAUGUUAAUAAAGUCCAAGAGCAAGAGAGGCUUGAUAAGGAUAAUUUGAAAUCUGACUCGAAUGUAACACCUGCGGAACUUGCUGAAUCAAACGAACAGAGUCAAGAGGAAGGCGAGGAUGUCGUCGAGAGUUCGCAAGUUCCUAAUGUCUGUUUAAAAUUGGAUAAACUGUACGGCGAGAAGCAGUGUUUCAUUAAGAUUAAUAAAAUGACUAAUAUCCAAGCUGCGAAAACUUCUGACGCGACUGUUGACAAAAGAUAUGUACCUGAAUCUAUCCCCAUGGAUUGCGGUGAUAACGAUAAUGUACCUGAUCCAUGCGAAGAAUUAGAUGAAGCCGAACCUGACGUUAAUACAAAGAUAAACGACGAAGAAGUCGCAGAUAGCAUAGAUAAAGAUUCGGUUCAGAAAACUGAUAAUUCUAACGUGAAGAGUUUAAUUUCAGAGGGUCAGAAGAUAAUCGAUAACUCAGCGUCGAUUAAAUCUACGAGCGUAAAUUUUACUUCGCCAAGAAGCAAUAGCAAGGUACUUUAUAAGCUGAAACCUUUUACUGGACGCGCUGCUCACAUGUUAGGUUUAGUUACGAGUCAAGCGCGACUCGUCGCGAACGAUAUUGUACUGGAUGAAGAACCGUCCAAGAUACUGGACGACUUGAAGAAGCUGAACACAGAAUCGUCCAAGAUGUUGGACGACUCGAAGAAAUUGAAAACAAAGGACGUGGAAAACGAGAUGUCGAUGAGUAAAAAGACAUCAAUGGUUAAAGAAAUAGAUAAAAUAGGUGGUCCGUCUGGUAGUCGACAAGAAAAGAUUUUCAGCAAUAUGAGAUCGACCGAUUAUGCCGCGUCUUCGUCGGCGCACACGUUCACUACUUUGAAAAACGAUGGCGAGAAGCUGUCGUUUAGAUUCAACAAGAGCGCGCCGGACUGCGCAACGACGGACAGUUCAAUUGACAAGGAAAAUGACAAAAACGCAUCGCCGUUGCGUGAAAGAAACGAUCUACCAAUAUUGGAAUGGUCAAGCGCUAAUCCACCCUCGUUAACUGCGUCACCGAGUGUUAGUAUUCUUAAACGUCGGUCGAGCCUACCAGAAGCAGAUCUAGAUUUAACACCUAAGCGAAAGCGAGUGAGUUUUGCAGAUCCACCGGUGUCUAAAGAGAUGGGCUAUGAAAUUUCCACUGCGGAAACCACGCCAAAAGGGAUUAAAUAUUCGUUGGCACGGAAUUCUACGUCAAGGAAGGAUUCUCCGAGUAAAUUCAAGCAAACCAAACUUAAACUUGUGCCAUUUGAUACAGAGAAAAUCAAUGUAGAGAAUAUAGCUGAGGAUAAUAUUCAAAAUAAAAACGGCACUGAAGCUAUGGAGGUCGAGAAGAAGAAAGAAGCAGUGGUAAAAAUAUCUGAAGCCUAUUCAGAACCUGCGGAUAUCGAUGAGCAAACGCCCAGCGAUUCUCCAGAAAAUGGUAAUGCUGUUGAAAAUAUUCUCGAAAUGAAUCCUCGCGCGAGGAUCGAUGUUAUCGGAGAAUUGGAAUUGGCGCAAGAAAUUGAGAUAACCACGGAUUCGGUUGUCUCGGAGGACCAGCAGUCUAUAUCUUUUGAAGAUUCUGGCGCUUCGCCGAUAGACAUCGAAACGGAGGAUACCGAGACGCAGCGAGAUAUCUUUGACGGGAUGGAUGCAAAGGUUGACGUCACGGUGAUUCAGGCGGACAACGAUGGCUUGAUUCCGAAUAAUUCAGUGGAUUCUAUUAAACUGAAUGUGACCAAUGACUCUGUGAUAGCGGCUUUACCUACCAAAGACAACGAUCCGACAAGUAUGGAGGACACUAUGGAUAUCCAGAAUAUUAUCGGAUUGAAUUCCACUGUAAAUACAGACGAGAUAUUCUGCGAAAAGCCGAUACGCAGUAGUACGCAAGCGACAGAAAAUAUCGCGGAGCUAGACACCAUGCCGAUAACGGACUCCGUCAGUUUAUCUACGAUGCAAGACACUCAGAGUCAGGAGGCGGCUCCGAGUGCGCGGAACGUGGAACGCAAUCCCGAAUCUUUGGACUCCACGCAGCCUAUUUACCCAGCACUGUCGUCGUGCAUGGAGCCUGUCGCUAGUAUCACCGAGCGAUUGACGUAUCCUCUCUGGAAGCAAAAUCUAAGUACAUUUUUUGCGAAUAGAAAUAUACACACAAUCGGCGAUAUUGCCGACCUGUCUGAGCGCGAAAUUGAUAGAAUGCCUGUGAAGGGUAAACCAAAGACUGAAUUUGUGAGGAAGGUACUGAAGCAUUUUGAAAGCACGUGCAUGCUGCGAACGAAGGAGUCCUCUGCUGAAAAGUCAAGUAAAGUCGAGCAAUUGCCUGUUAAGGCGACGGACGAAAUUGUGCCAAUCGCCGUUUUGUCCAACGUCGAAAUGGGAUCUGCGGCGAACGACAAUGAGUCCUUAACUUGUAGCACGCCACUUAUCCAGCCUAUCGGAAAUACAUCCGAUAGUCUACCGAGUAGAAAUUCGUCUGUGGAAGACGGGGAUAAAACGGAAUCGGUCACUAGUGACAUGGAUAUUUCACUGGGACCCACGAUUCCUUAUCAUCCUGAUUUGUUAGCCUUAAACACUUCUAUAGAGAAUGGACAAACAAGCGCGAAGUUACCGAUCGCUGCUCAAAAUUCCAAACCUGGAACGUCUACAGAUAAUCCCGAACCCGUGCCAAUCCCUUCGUCGUCCUCUGAAAGCAUUACAACUACGAGCCAGACAACAUCAACUUCAAAUGUCAGCCUGGACGCAAGAAAAGAUCCUGCUGGAGUUUCAAGUGUGUAUGACGAACUUUUAAUUACACACUCCUCAAUUGGUACCAAUACUGACGAGAUCGGUUCCACGACACCGGCUGUUAAACAGUCGACGAAAUCUGUUGCGUCUCAAAUGACGCUUGCAGAACUACUGGACGAAAUUGACGUAAAUCUGGUGAUGGAAAGCGCGGCUAAAAGAUGCAAUCCCGAGGCAGUUCUGCUGCAAUAUAAGAUAAAGAUGGCACACGUGAAGGAAGGAGAACUGUUGAAGGAAACGAUCAAAAUGCUCGGCCUGCAAGACAAACAACAAGUCAACGAUGCAUCGUUGAAGGCAGCCUGCCGUGCAUGCGGCGUCAACAAAGUCCUUCUUAGAUUGCCUGAUAUUUUUAGCCACGACAAACAGUUCUUCGAUAAGGUGCUCAAGUUUUAUAGCAAGAAGCUCAAUAUAGCCGAUGGCUUGAACAGCUUAGACUUUAAUAAAUUGAAAAGCGCGAUCUGCCAAAGAUGCACGUCGUCCGAUAUCAUUGAGAUACUGUCGGAGAAACUAAAGCAAGAAGAGAAAGAAGGUAUCAAACAAUCCAUGCCGGAACUGUCAAGUUUAAAUGCUAUGUUACAAAGGUUACCAAUGGACGUGAUCAUUAGUCAUACCGUAGCGAACGAAGAACUUAUUCCGGCGUCGGUAGUUCUGGACAUCGCCUUGCAGAAUAACAGUUCAGAAGGUAUAGCGCAAGCAUUAGAGCAAUCCCCUGGCAUGGCUAAACGUGUCCUAGAUCAACUGUGGACGUCCCAGUUCAUGGCCACGCAUAUUCAAAAUAAUGAUGUAUCCAAAGAGAGCUUGCUCAGUAUUUUUAAGAGCGUAUGCUCUAAAAUGACUGCGCAAGAAUUGCUAGACGCGUAUCACGAGGCUAUGUCGAGCAAGUUUAACAACACUAUGGACGAGAAGGACGUUAAGAAUGUGAAAAAAUAAAUCGGAAGUGACAAUUUCAGUUUCAGUAUUGCAUCUCUCAUAUACAUGUAUAUAAAUGGCACUCAUCUUCAAGAAAGAAACGACUGAUUCGAGUGACACAUUUGUGAGAUGUAUUUGAUCGCAUAAAUUCGUAAAAAUAAUUCUUUUCAGAAUUUUACUGGCGAAUUUUAAUGGAACUAUACAUGAAAAUGUUAAAUAAAACAACCGGUGGUUAAUUUGAAGUAAAUACAAAAGUGGAUGUAGGGAAGGAAAGAAUAUACUUUUUUUUUUUUUUAGAUUUUUGCACGUUCCAUUUUUGUUUCACAGCCACUUAUAGCAGUAUGAUAAUAGUGUUUUUCAAUGUGCAAAAAUUGAAAAAUUUGUGUUUUUUUUUUACAUUUUUAUUGAUUAGCUCGCUAAACUCGUAACCAUUGUCUGAAAUGAUGUAUGGUUCUGCAUUGUUCCUAAAUAAAUGUAACGGUUGCCAUUCUUACAAAUAAGUAUUUCUAUAAGACCAAAUGCACAAUGAUCAAUAAUAAUUUAUUUUUUAGUAUGAUCAAUAAUAAUUUAAUAAAUUUUCCUGUCUAAGUUAUGAAUUAUAUGUAACAUAAAGUUUAUACAGGGUAUUUUUGUGUUAUUAUUCUGCCAAGUAUCUCCUUUGUUUUCUUUUUACGAUAAGUCUUGGAAAAAUUUUUUAUUUCAAGAUGAUUCUUCCUGAUUAUAUCUUUUACACAGGGAUGUCUUAUUUAACAUAUUUCAACAUUACUACAUUAAUAUAAUUUAUGUCUUACGUUUGCCUUGAAUUUUGCGAUUGGUUAUUUGAUUGAUGUGAGUUACACCUUCAGUAUACAAUUAUCGGCGGGAUGAACAAAUUUAUUCGUAAAAAAGAAAUAAUCUUGACGUAACGAUUCCAUGAGAUAAUACCUUUUCGCAAGGUUGAAUUCAAGACGCUUACUCAGACUCGAAUACAUUAAUGGCUAGGCGACGACCAGUUAAUCAGCUUUUAAUUCUAAUAUAUACCAUUGUAAAUAUACAAGUAUGUAUAUCAUUCACAUUGAUGGGCGAUCAAUAUAUUCACUGAUUAAUACGCUUCUUUGUGCAUGUUUUUAUUAUACCUAAUACAUCUGUAGGAAUAUGUCUACUUGUACGAGUCAAGCUGAAAACCUAGUAGAUCUAAAUAAAAUACCGGCAGACAUUGAAGAAGUUGAUCAGUGAAUUUUAUGCAGGAGCAUUGAAGGGAAAAUAUAUUGAUUAAUUAUCUCGAGAAUAGAAUAUGGUAUUUUGUAGUUGUAGCUAUAUCUGUGAUUGAAAUACACGCAGUUCUAAUUAUUAAUUCUGAUGGUUAUGUAAUCUUGUAGACAAGGUGAUUUGACAAACGACAAUGGAAUGUAUCCUGUAACUUCUUCGAUCUUUACUAUGGCGGUCAAAGGAAAUGUAUGCGCUUAGAAAAUGUAAAUGUCCUAUAAUAAUAAAAUGAUAUUUUAUACAAA